AAUUCUGUUAAAUUCCAAAUUAACUGCCCGUUGGACAGCAUCUUAUCAAUGGCAAAAUUUGACACAGUCAAUAUGAAAAUGCCACAAGUGGAUUCAGCUGAAAUUGAGCUGGUUUCGAUCCCAAAUUUCAACGGCUUUGAUUUCAGCCUUUUCGAUUUUGGAGACAUUGAAGUUUCGAACAUGGUCAUCAAAUUAUAUUCAUUUGGUAACGUUUUCCAUAAGCCAAGAAACGUUCCAGCAACUCUUCGCUGUGAGUACAGGUAUUACAAUUUUAACUUGAUAGAUUUCACCGGGCUCAAGCGAUCGAUGGACUCAAAGUCCGAAUUGGAAUUUGCAGACAUCAAUGAAAUAUCUGAUUAUGAUUCUGAGGGACAGCGCAUCGACAAUGGCUUUUACGAUUCUUCUGAAUUUUCAAAUAGUGAAAGUGAACAAGAUCUCGACCAAAAGAAAUCUGCUCGGACAAGGUCAAGAAGGCUGCGCACUACUCGGAUUUAUAAAAAGACCCAUUCCGACGAGGCAGUCACUGAAGACAGCGAAGAAGAAGAGAAGAAAAGAAGCAAGCUUAUCAAUACAGUGAUAUCAUCGAAAAACAUCAAGCCCUCAAUCAAUCCGAAGGACGCUAAUAAACCUUUUGAAUGUGAAUUUUGCUCAAGGGCGUUCAAACGAAAGGAGCAUUUGAGAAGGCACUCAUUGACACAUACAAAUUAUAGACCUCAUGUAUGUUCUAAUUGCAGGCGCGGAUUCAGAAGAUCGGACAACCUGAAAAACCAUGAAAAACGUUGCCUGGCGUCAGGAAAAGCAGGUGGUACUGGUUAUAAGUUACGAAAUGAUCCAAAUCGACUUGAUGCCGAGGAGAUUGAAAGAGUAAAAAGUAUUGAAAUGGCCAAGAAAGAGAAGCUCAAGAAGUUGAAAGAAAUGGGCAAGAGCAUAAAAUUAGCAGAAUUCUAUGAGUCUGAUAGGUAUCAAAGCCCAGUUAGUCAGCCCAGAUCUGACUCACUGUCUUCAGUCUCCGAUGAUAUGGACCACCAAUCGGAUGAUUACGCUCAGACACACGAUAUAGACCACGACACGUUCGGUGGAGACCUACAUCAUCCCAAAUCCAAAGUUUCUAAACCUAGCCGGCGGAAUCUCCUUGAUGGCGCCUUAGAGACCCCUCCUGCGACAGCAAAUGAACCGGCACUGCAGCCUGGAGAUAUAACAACCACAGAAUCUAAACACAGUAUAAGACAAAUGCUGAAUCUGAAAAGGCCGUAUUCGUCGACUCAAAUCUCAACUGCAGCUAUGUUGAACUCACUUGCAGACAGGGACUUAAUAAGCGAUGACUCAAGUGAGCAAAUGGAGCCCAAAAUUGGAGACAGCGAAACAAAAUCACUAGGGGAUGAUCAAGCCGAUGAAGAUGCAACUGAUGAUUUUAUUUACACACACUCGAAGUUUGAUACUAGUGACCCAGUUAGAUUGUCGAUCAAGCAGCAAGUCAGCCAAGAGUUUGCACGCUGUGAACUGAUGCCCAAUAAUACUUACAAAUGCUCUAAGUGCUUUCAGUUGUUUACCAAAAGAGGUAACCUCAGAAGGCAUUUAGUAAUCCAUUUCAAUCUAAGACCCUACGUUUGUGAAUGCGGUAAGUCAUUCAAGAGAUCCGACAAUUACAAGAAACAUGCUAGCCGGUGUAAAACAGUUCUUUGCAAACGUCAGAAGGUUGAAGAACCGAAUGAAACGGUUUUGAAAUCAGAUACAAUCAGAUUUGCAGAAUCAAUAGAGUCAACGGAAGCAAAGGGCAACCAUGAUUUGGGCUCGCUAUCUUCGCUAGCAAAUCCGAGAAAUGCAGACAAUGGAGAAAUAAAACCUGGAAAAGACGAGACUGUGCAUCAAAACGACAAUUCUGAAGAGAGUGAUAACGAGACUCAUGUUUCUACAAAGGCUGAUGAAAGAAAGUUUGAGUGUAGUUUUUGCCAAAAGAAAUUCAAACGGAAGUAUCAUUUAAACAGGCAUUUGAUUGUCCAUCAAAAUGAUAACAUGCGACCAUUCAGUUGCCUUAGAUGUGGCACUGCAUUUAAGAGAAAUGACCUACUAGAGAAGCAUAUUCUCUACAACAAAUGUAGACAAGCAGCUACAUAAUUUUACUUUUCAAUAAUAUGUAUAGUAAUCUUU